AUAGAAUGAGAGGUUUUGGCUAUCUUUCUUCCCUCCCUCCCUCCAUCAUUCCUUCCUACCCUCCCUCAUGCUUUACCUCUCAUCUUUCUUGUUCUUAUAGGUCAAGAAGUUCAUUACAUCAUCUCCGUAUAACAGAUUUAAUAGCACAAAAUAUCGUUCACCUUAGCAAAGAACAUAACACAGAAACCGGCGAGAAUGGGUUCAAUGACAUUCCUAGAGGUGAUAUUGGCCAUUUUGAUACCACCGGUUGGCGUCUUCCUUCGUUUUGGCUGUGGGGUGGAAUUCUGGAUAGACUUGUUGCUGACCAUGUUUGGAUACAUUCCUGGUAUGGUAUACGCCCUUUAUGUCCUGGUCGGAAAGCAACAAACAAUUUAGAAGAGGAAUCAGGGGAUAUGAAAAGAAUUUGAAGGGAUCUUUCGAUUGUAAUAUGUUUAAAUUUGUAGGAUAUUGUUUCAGAAUUUUUCAGUUUAUGAUAAUGAUUUCAUCAAGCCUUAAUUACAAAUGGU